ACUUCACAAAGAAUACUCUUUAAAUGGACUCCCUCUUUCUCAUCCUCCUCUCCCUUUCCCUUUCCUUUUCUAUGUCACUCUCACUCGAUAUCAAAUCCUCCACCACCCUCGAUUCCAUCAUCCGAGACUACACAUUACAAUCAUACACCAAAAAUUCUUUCAAGACAGGCAAGCUCUACACCAUCAACCUACCGGCAAACCUCUCCGGCUCCGUACAUGCCGACGCGAUAAGGCUCCGGUGCGGCAGCCUACAAAGAUACGGCGCAAGCAUCAAAGAAUUCCAUCUCAACAAAAGCAUAAACAUCCACCCUUGCCUCGAGCGAGUCAUCCUCAUCCGCCAACGCAUCGAAUCAAACUUCUCUUCUCUCUACUACGACGACAACGCCCUCUCCGGCUAUGAACUCAUCUCCCCCAUCCUAACCCUAGCCGCUUACUCUCUCCACGGAAGCAACGCAACCACCAUCGAUCUCGGCCCCAUCACGAUCGAUUUCAGCAGCGUGGAAAACAAGUCGAAAAGCAAUAUUUUGUUAUGUGCAAGCUUUGGGGUGGAUAAGAAGGAUGUUGUGUUGACAAAGCAAGUGGGGGAUAAUGUGUGUGGGGCGGCGAGGGAGGGGCGGUUCGGGGUGGUGAGGGAGCAGGCGCUGAUGCCGCUGAAGGGGAAGGUGAGUAAAGCGAAGAUAGUGGUGGUGAGCUCGAUUGCAGCGGCGUUGGGGGCUUUCCUGCUGAGUUUGCUUGUGGUGGCGAUGGUGGUGAACGCGAAGAAGAAGGCGAGGAUGGACGAGAUGGAGAGACGGGCGUACGAGGAGGAGGCGUUGCAGGUGUCGAUGGUGGGGCAUGUGAGGGCGGUCACGGCUUCCGGCACCAGGACUGCGCCCACAAUCGAGCAUUAUGAUUAUCGAGUUCGCCAUUCUUGAUUAUUUUAUAGUUGGUGAUUAUUUUAGAGUUUAUUCUUCAUUUUGACCCCUAUUUAUAAACACUCUUUACUAAUAGUCUGAUCAAAAAUUUUGCA